AAUCAUGCAUAUUUACGCACCAGUUUGAUGGACCUGCCGAUGUCCUCUAAAAUCUGAUCGCCUACAUGACUUUCCUCCAAGUUUUUACGCUCAUCCUUCAAAAGUGAUUUUUCCUUGCUUGUUUUUUCUUCAAAAACUGCAUCCACUGUAAGACCACUGGCAGGUUACUCGUUGGCCAAAAAACCGCAGAAGAUAAAAUGGGGGUCAUUGACCGGAAAAUUCCUGAAAAAAAUAAUGACCAGCCGGGCAAUGUUGACAACCAGCCGACGACCUCGGAUGAUGAACUCAGCAUCCCAGAGACCGUGUCCUCGCAGGCGUCCACGUUGAGGGCGCAGCCAGCAUCACGUCCGAGUCCGACAAAAAAGCCCCAACUUCUGGUGCUCACCCACCCUGGCAAGCACUCUGGAAAACGAAGGAUGAGACAUUUUAGAGAUGUGGAGGAUUUGAUGCGUUGGAACGAAAAAGACGAAUACGAAAUGACCAUUUACGAUUUUAUGAGCAACAGACCCUCACCCUUUGCAAUUUUGUUGCAAGAUGACAACCUUUUGAAGGCUUGGUGGGAAUUUAUCCACCAGACAAACCAAGACAUCUUUUUGAAGAAGAGCUCCAGCGUCCUGUCUUUGAAAGAUCAAAACGCGAAUGAUGCUGCAGCAGGCGAAACAAAACGGCUGCCCAUGCCCUCAGAAUACAAAAGGAUUGAGCGACAUCUGAAGGAGGUGCUUCAGAGGAAAUCAACUGACCCUGCUAUGGUGUUUGAAAUUGAGGACCUGCUCAUCAAGUUUUUUGCUGAAACGCCCAAAGAAGUCUUGCGCAUUAAAAAGCUGACAAAGUAUGAAUCGUUUAUAAAUCAGGCUGUUUGCCAGUAUCAUGGCCUAGAUGCUGAAGUGGACGAAACCAAUGUCAAGAAGAGGAAAGACUUGGUUGUGACACUCGACGGUGAUGAAUACACGCAACCCAACACUGCCCUCGGGACAUACAUUGAGCAGCGUCAAAAGUACUUCAUGUGAAUAUUUUUACUAUGCUUUUUCUUAUUUAACCCCAAGAAGUUCAAAGUUCAUUAAGUUUUUGUAGAUUUUUAAUGUAAUAACAGAAGUAGGUAUGUGAAUUACCUAGUUUUGAAAAUUUUUAAAAACAAAAUUUACUCAUCUUUUAACAGAAGUCGUCUAAUAAAAUUGGUGUGUGUUCAUCUUGUUCAUGAGA